GGUCGUGUCAUUCCACAAAUGUUGUUUCGGUUCAUAGAAAGAAUACAACAUGACUAAAAGCGAUUAAUUAUUAUUCUUUUUUUUAUAGAUCAACAUGUAUUUGUUAGUUAACAACAUUCAAUGUAGGAGUGAAUUUAUUAUGGGGGAAAAAGUGAUUAGUCACACAUUUUCUGAUGAUGUGGCCAACGUUCCACUGACACGCCCCUUUUUUCUUGAGACUUUGGCAUUUCCUUUUGCGGAUUAUUCUCUUUCCGGUACAUCAUGGCGCCCCCCACACCUCUCUUAGCAGUCCGGGGAUCUGACGGGACAGUGCUGCUCCGUGGACCACCAAACUGCGAGAAGCAUGCAGAUUUUCAAAGGGACCCUCGGCAAAGUAGAUAUGUUGCUUUCAGCAAGGAUGGGACAUUGUUUGCAUGGUGCAAUGGAGAGAAGGUCACUGUUGUGAAGGUUGCAGAUGGCUCACAAGUCAGGUCAUUUGACCUUCCAAAGACUGCAAUGUUGGGGUUCUCUCCGCUGAACACUGUACUGGCUACAUGGCAGGUUUAUAGCAAGACACAAGAAAACCCACAGGGAGAUGCCAACUUGCAGCUGUGGGAUUUGCAAACUGGGACCUGCCUCAAGGCUCUCUACCAUAAGAAGGUACAGGGAUGGUGUCCAAGCUGGUCAGAUGACGAGAAGAUUGCGGUCAGGAGUGUUAACAAUGAACUUCACUUUUUUGAGAACAACGAUUUUAACACCAUUGCCAAUAAGCUUCACUUGCAGAAGGUGUCCGAGUUUGUGCUAUCCCCGGGAAGUCAGCCGAGUAAGGUGGCUGUUUAUGUCCCUGGGAGCAAAGGUGCCCCCUCGUUUGUCCGGCUAUACCAGUACCCUAACUUUGGUGGCCCGACCUGUGCUCUGGCCAACAAGAGCUUCUUCAAGGCCGACAGGGUGACCGUGCUGUGGAACAAAAAAGCCACUGCGGUUCUGGUGCAGGCCAGCGUAGAGGUGGAUAAAACGGGGGCCUCAUACUACGGAGAACAGACUUUACACUACUUGGCCACCAACGGGGAGACUUCUGCGGUGCAGCUACAGAAGAACGGGCCCAUCUACGAUGUGGCAUGGAGCCCAAGCUCCACAGAGUUCUGCGUGGUCUAUGGCUUCAUGCCCGCCAAGGCUACUGUCUACAACCUCAAGUGCGACCCUGUCUUCGACUUCGGCACGGGUCCCCGCAAUGCUGUCUACUACAGCCCCCAGGGCCACAUCCUUGUCUUGGCUGGCUUCGGGAACCUGCGGGGCCAGAUGGAGGUGUGGGAUGUCAAGAAGUGGAAGCAGGUGUCCAAGCCCCAGGCGCCCGACUCCACCCACUUUGCCUGGUGCCCGGACGGUGAACACGUCGUCACGUCGACCUGUGCCCCCCGGCUACGUGUCAGCAACGGCUACAAGAUCUGGCACUACACCGGCACGGUUAUGUACAAGCAGGACACGCCGACGGGCACAGAGCUCUGGGAGACUGUGUGGCAGCCCUUCCCAGAUGGGACGUUCCCUGAGAGGCCGGUGAAGUACCAGGCAGCACCCAGCGAGCUGGGCAGCACAGAGGCCAAGCCAGCUCAGGCCUACCGCCCUCCUGCCCUACGGAAUAAACCAAUCACAGCCAGCUCCAAACUACAUGAAGAGGAGCCUCCACAGAACAUGAGGCCUGGCGCCACCGGGGACAAGCAGCUGUCCAAGACGGCUCUGAAGAACCAGAAAAAACGAGAGGCAAAGAAAGCAGCCAAACAGGAGAUAAACUCAGAUGCCCUUGAGCCCCAGUCAGAUCCCUCUCCAGCCAGCAGUGCUCAGCCUGAACUGUCCUGUGGCGACCCAGAGACGGACAAGAAGAUCAAGAACGUAAAGAAGAAACUGAAAGCUAUAGACGAGCUGAAAGCGCUGCAAGCAACUGGGAAACCCAUUCAAAAGAACCAGCUUGAAAAGAUGGAAAAGGAGGCUCAACUCAUGAAAGAGCUUGAGGAUCUUCAACUAGUAGUAUAAAAGAAAAUAUUUAAUUUGUUAAUGAAACACAACAUCCUUACCAUAUGAUCAAGAGCAUACCCAAAGCUAUCUAUAAUGGACACCCCCUCAAUCUACACACAAUACCCCAUAAUGACAAAGCAAAAACAGGUUUGACAUUUUUGUAAAUGUAUAAAAAUAAAUAAACCACAUUUACAUAAGUAUUCAGACCCUUUACUCAGUUCUUUGUUGAAACACUUUUGGCAUCGAUUACAGCCUUGAGUCUUCUUGGGUAUGACGCUACAAGCUUGGCACACCUGUAUUUUGGGAGUUUCUUCCGUUCUUCUCUGCAAACACUCAAGCUCUGUCAGGUUAGAUGGGGAGCGUCUGCACAGCUAUUUUCAGGUCUCUCCAGAAAUGUUCGAUUGGGUUCAAGUCUGGGCUCUGGCUGGGCCACUCAACUCCUGCAUUGUCUUGCUUAGGGUUGUUGUCCUGUUGGAAGGUGAACCUUCGCCCCCAGUCUGAUGUCCUGAGCGCUCUGAAGCAGGUUUUCAUCUCUUUGCUCAUCUUUCCCUCGAUCCUGACUAAUCUCCCAAUCCCUGAUGUUGAAAAACAUCCCCACAGCAUGAUGCUGCCACCACCAUGCUUCACCGUAGGGAUGGUAUUGGCCAGGUGAUGAGCAGUGCCUGGUUUCUUUCAGAUGUGAUGCUUGGCAUUCAGGCCAAAGAGUCUUGGUUUCAUCAGACCAGAGAAUCUAGUUUCUCAUGGUCUGAGAGUCCUUUAGGUGCCUUUUGGCAAACUGUCAUGUGCCUUUUACUGAGGAGUGGCUUCUGCCUGGCCACCCUACAAUAAAGGCCUGAUUGGUAGAGUGCUGCAGAGAUGGUUGUCCUUCUGGAAGGUUCUACCUUCCCCACAGAGGAACUCUGGAGCUCUGUCAAAGUGAUCAUCGGGUACUUGGUCACCUCCCUGACCAAGGUCCUUCUCCCCGAUUGCUCAGUUUGGCCGGGCGGCCAUCUCUAGGAAUUGUCCAAACUUCUUCCAUUUAAGAAUGAUGGAGGCCACUGUGUUCUUGGGGACAUUCAAUGCUGCAGACAUUUUUUGGUACACUUCCCCAGAUCUGUGUCUCGACACAAUCCUGUCUCGGAGCUCUACAGACAAUUCCUUCGACCUCAUGGCUUGGUUUUUGCUCUGAUAUGCACUGUCAACUGUGUGACCUUUAUAUAGACAGGUGUGUACCUUUCCAAAUCAUGUCCAAUCGACUUUACCACAGGUGGACUCCAAUAAAGUUCUUGAAACAUCAAGGAUGAUCAAUGGAAACAGGAUGCACCUGACCUCAAUUUCGAGUCAUAGCAAAGGGUCUGAAUACUUAUGCAAAUAAGCAAUGUUUUAUUUUGAUAAAUUUGCUAAAAAUCUGUUUUCUGUCAUUAUGGGGUAUUGUAUGUACAUUGAGGGGGGGGAUUUAGAAUUUUAGAAUAAGGCUGUAACGUAACAAUGUGUAAACUGAAGGGGUCUGAAUACUUUCCGAAUGCACUGUUGUAUGUACAGGUUAUUAAAUCCAUUGAUGAUACCUAAUAAACACUUAAAGGUUUCAACAGCUAGAAAUUGUUGGUAUUUACUUUAAGUUGAAUGAACUCGUUUCAGUUCAUUGCGAUGUAAUAAGAAAAACAGUUAUUCUUCAUGGUUCCAAUAAAAGGUUGCUAAUUUCA